AUGGAGAACAGCUCAACCUGCUCCAACAGCACCAACCUCAAGCCCUACUAUGCAGCUACGUACACUUUCAUCCUCGUCCCUGGACUAAUAGGAAACGUAUUGGCUUUGUGGGUCUUUUACGGGUACAUGAAAGAGACUAAACGGGCCGUAAUAUUUAUGAUCAAUUUAGCCAUCGCUGACUUAUCGCAGGUUUUAUCCUUGCCUCUGAGGAUUUUCUACUACUUGACUGGGACAUGGGAGUUUGGAUCAGGCCUCUGCAUGCUUUGUUUCUACCUGAAGUAUGUCAAUAUGUACGCCAGCAUCUACUUCUUGGUUUGCAUCAGCGUGAGGCGGCUUUUGUUUCUUAUGUACCCAUUCAGAUUCAGCGACUGCAAACGCAUUUGUGAUGUGUACAUCAGCAUUGCUGGAUGGAUCGUGGUCUGCAUUGGCUGUUUGCCUUUCCCUCUGCUGAGAAGUGAAGAAGCGAAUGUUGCAAACAAGUGCUUUGUGGACCUCCCCGUACGGGAAGUUGACCUUCCCACCGCCAUUGCAAUGAUGACGCUAGGUGAAUUGGUGGGAUUCAUAACACCCCUUUUUAUCAUCGUAUAUUGCUCGUGGAAGACUAUCUUAUCAUUAAAAGAAAAAAAUGUCGCUUCGCCUGAUCUUGGAGAGAAAAAAAAGGCUUUGAAGAUGAUUCUCACCUGCGCUCUGGUAUUUCUGAUUUGCUUUGCGCCUUAUCAUAUCAGCUUUCCACUGGAUUUCUUUGUCAAAACCAAAAAGAUUAAAAACUGUCGCGUCCAGGAGGUGAUCUCCCUGUUUCACGCCGUAGCCUUGUGCCUUGCCAGCCUCAACUCCUGCGUGGACCCCAUCCUCUACUACUUCACUACGGACGAGUUCCGGAGGCGGCUGUCCCGGCAGGAGCUGCAGGAGAGCGUGCAGCUGCACAGCCACAGCUGCGGCAAGAAGCACUCCCAGGCCACGCUGCAGGAGGAGGCCACGGACUGCUAG